UCAACAACCUUCAAAAUCCCACUCGCUAAUUAUAGAGCGUGUGUCUCACCUUCUGAAAACGUGAGAGCUGUUUGGCCACGCGUAAGUGGUGUGGACAAAGACAGAGCCAAACACGGCACUAAGAGCAUCUCUGUUUUUAAUUUGCUGCUUCUUUCCUCCAUUAACUUACUUACUCUUGUGCCAAAGGAAAAAAGAACAAACAAAAGAGUGGAGAAGAGAGACAUGCAUGCCAAGACUGACUCGGAGGCCACUAGCAUUGACUCGGCCUGGCCGCCACGCUCGGCGAUUCGACCUCUCUACUACGUACAGAGCCCUUCGAACCACGACGUCGAGAAGAUGUCAUUCGGGUCGGGUUGCAGCCCGAUGGGUUCUCCCUCGCACCCACAUUACUACCACUGCUCACCCAUCCACCACUCGCGCGAGUCCUCCACCUCUCGGUUCUCCGACCGUGCCCUCCUCUCCUACAAGUCCAUCCGCGAAGGAGGAAGCGAACGCCGCCGAUACAUCAACAGCUCCAUAGACGAAGAAACGGACGGCGGAGAUGACGACGACCCUUAUCGGAAUGUGCGGCUCUACGCCUGCUUGCUCCUCUCCUUGCUCCUCUUGUUCACAGCCUUCUCUCUCAUUCUCUGGGGUGCCAGCAAAUCCUACCCUCCUAAAGUUGUGGUAAAGGGGAUGCUGUUGAGGAACUUGAACGUGCAGGCAGGGAACGAUCUGAGCGGAGUGCCCACUGACAUGCUUUCUCUUAACUCGACGGUCAGGCUCUUCUACCGGAACCCAUCGACCUUCUUCGCCGUCCACGUCACUGCUUCCCCUCUCCUCCUCCGCUACUCCGACCUUCUCCUCUCCUCCGGUGAGAUGGGCAAGUUCACGGUGGGUAGGAAGAGCGAAAGGAGCAUAGUCACGGUGGUUCAGGGCCAUCAGAUUCCUCUAUACGGCGGUGUCUCUCUGCAUCCCGACACAAUGGCCGUGCCCCUCAAUCUCACUCUCGUCGUCCGUUCAAAGGCUUACAUUCUUGGCAGACUCGUCACCUCCAAGUUCCACACAAGGAUCAUUUGCUCCUUCACCCUCGAUGCAACCCGCCUCCCCAAACCCAUCUCUCUUCUCCACUCCUGUAUUUAUCACCACUGACACAUUUGUAUCUGUUUCUUGGAGAUUAAAAUAUAUCAAUCAAUUUUCAUUGGAGACGUAUUUUUUUUUGAAACUCCUCGUUAAUCUUGCAUAUAAGAUAACAUCACAUGAUUUUCA